GAAAGUGAAGAAUGAACAUAAAUUCCUAGCAGUGUAAAACAACCAUUUUUCAUCGCUUUACAGUCCCCAUGAGUUUUGUUGUGCUCUUCCUAUAUAAACAUAACCAUAAGAACUCCCUUUUGGCCACCAAGAAUCUCUCUCUCUCCCUCUCUCUCUCUCUCUCUCUCCAACAGCCUAAAACAUGAUUGCAUUUAGCUUGAGAAGCCUCACAUUUAUGCUCUUCAUAGCCUUCCUCAUUUGGUCAUCACAAAUAGACACUUGCAAUGCUAGAAGAGGGAAGCAUUGGAGGCAAAACAGAGGAGUCUCUACGUCUAUGUACAAGAAGAAAGCAAAGAAUCACCAUCAUGGCAAUGCCGGUAAAUCGAAACAUAAAAUGCCAUCACCGAAAGCACCACCACCACCAAAAGCACCAUCUCCUCCAUCCCCGCCACCGAACCCAGAUAUUCCGCCACCUCCGGCUCCGAAACCAGAUAUUCCGCCAUCCCCACCAAAGAAAGGGUCCAACACCGCGGCUUCCUCAGUCUUUAAUGUACAAGAUUUUGGUGCAAAGGGAGAUGGAACAAGUGAUGACACGAAGGCAUUUCAAGCAGCAUGGGCAGCUGCUUGUAAAGUAGAGGCAUCUACGAUUGUGGUCCCCCCAGAAUUCACAUUCCUUGUGGGACCCAUUUCUUUCUCUGGUCCUUAUUGCCAACCAAAUAUUGUCUUUCAGGUUGACGGCACAAUUAUCGCUCCAACGAGCUUUAAACCUUGGGGUUCAGGUCUCCUACAAUGGCUUGAAUUUACUAAACUAAAAGGAAUCGCGGUUCAAGGAACAGGGACCAUAGAUGGCAGAGGCUCAAUCUGGUGGCAGAAUUCCAUCUACGAUGACCCCUUAGACGGCGAAUCAAACCUAAUCAUCCCAUUAAACGACACGGUUCAAGAAAAACCCCCAAUUCCUAUGAGCAGUUCUCUAAUUGGGAAAAUGCCAAGCAUAAAGCCAACAGCAUUGAGAUUCUACGGGAGCUUCAAUGUGUCUGUCACGGGUGUAACAAUUCAAAACAGUCCCCAGUGCCACCUCAAGUUUGACAACUGCAUAGGAGUUUCCGUAGCCAAUAUAAACAUCUCAUCUCCCGGUGACAGCCCAAACACCGAUGGCAUCCACUUACAGAACUCCAGAGACGUGCUAAUCCGCAGUUCUAAUCUUGGUUGCGGAGAUGACUGUGUUUCUAUACAAACUGGAUGCACAAAUGUGUACAUACACAAUGUGAACUGUGGACCUGGACAUGGAAUCAGCAUUGGUGGGCUAGGAAAGGAUGCGAGUAGGGCAUGUGUCUCGAACAUUACGGUUCGUGAUAUCAAUAUGCAUAACACAAUGAAUGGUGUCAGGAUAAAGACGUGGCAGGGUGGGUCAGGGUCUGUGCAAGGUGUACUUUUCUCAAACAUUCAAGUUUCUGAAGUCCAACUCCCCAUUGUGAUUGACCAAUACUAUUGUGAUAAAAGCACAUGCAAGAACCAAUCAUCCGCUGUUGCUCUAUCAGGAAUCUCAUACGAAAAGAUAAGAGGAACUUACACGGUGAAACCUGUACACCUUGCCUGCAGUGACAACCUGCCAUGUGUCGAUGUCACGCUAGCUGACAUAGAGCUGAAACCACAACUAGAAAAGUACCAUAUGUAUGAUCCCUUCUGUUGGCAGACUUUUGGAGAGUUGAACACUCCCACUACACCUCCAAUAGAUUGUUUACAAGUUGGCAAGCCAUCAAGCAACCGGAUUCAAACUGAUCAUGAUUCAUGUUGAGCCCAGCUAAUGUAAAUUCCGGUGUAUUUGCUUGUGUGGUCGGCACUAUUUCCUGACCCCUUUCACACCUUUAGGAUCAGCAGUGGUUGUAUUAGCUAUUGUUCUCUAUGAGGGUUACAUUAGUUCCUGGUUUGUGUGAGAGUAAAUAUAGUUUGUAGCUAAGAGGUUGAUAGUAGGUCUAAUGAAUCCUUGUCUGCUAAGUAUAUCUCCAUCGUUAUAUAUGCAUACAUUCGUAUUUAGAAGAUGUGUGCUAAAAUAAUUGGCAAUUUUGAACACAUUAAUGAUUUGCAAAUUUCAGUACA